CAUCCGGUGACUCACUAGGAGUGAUUGAGCAUAUAUUUGUGUUAGAGUAGGUAGAUAGAUAUGAGCAGAGGAGAUAAAGGACAAACUGACCAAAAAACAAAACAAAACCCAUGCUCAAGUAAACAAGGGAAAGGGAGAAUAGAAAGCUAAAACAGCCAUCAAAAUUAGAUGAAGACAGGGAAAAGAAAUGCAGUAAAAAUGACUCCUAGCACCAAAAGGACAUCUGCAGACACACGACAUUCUAAGAAGCCCACCAGUUAAGCAGACCCACGAAAUUCUAGGGAGCCUACCAGCUAAAGGACGAAUGGUGCAGGGAGAUUAGCAUAAAGCGUGGGAGGGGCAAGAAUAAAACAAAGGCCAGGAUUUAGACCCCCGGAUGUACUUGAAUACAGCUUUGAUGCUCUCUGCAAUUUCCCCGUCGUCUCUCGCGUUGAAAUCCUUCCUCCUGGAGACGAGAACCUGGUCUUGCUGAUCCCCAGCGCCGCUGACAGUUCUAACCGCCAGCCCGGAGCCGGUUCAAGAAAGCCCCCAAAUGGUUUCUUGGGGUCUCCUUGGAGCUCCUGGACCAGACCCCACAGUGAAGGCUGCAAGAUCUUCCUUCUGGUCCCAGAAGCUCUGGUUGAGUCCACAGAUGCUGUCUGGCCCUAGACUCCUGGGAAGAGCGAGUUGUCAAGCAAGAGAGCCUGAGGGCUGAGGCCCAAGUGAACAUGCCAGCCAACCAGAGCUCUCCCCAGGGGAAUUGGUCCCAGGCUGCAGAGGAACAUGGCAGGUUGUGUGAGAUCUCAUUGUCAUUCGAGGAUGUGACCGUGGACUUCAGCAGAGACGAAUGGCAGCACUUGGACCCUGCUCAGAGAUGCCUGUACUGGGAUGUGACACUGGAGAACUACAGCCACCUGCUCUCAGUGGGAUACCAAGUUCCCAAACCAGAGGUCAUCUUCAAGUUGGAGCAAGGCGAAGGACCAUGGACGUUGGAAGGGGAAACCCCACAUCAGAGCUGUUCAGAUAAGGAUAUUGGGAAAACCCAACAACAGAGAAUUUCUGGAGACGUUUCAUUCCACUGUGAGAAAUUUGGUCAAAUCAUAGAUGAUUCACUGUGUUCCAUUUUAGAAGAAUUAUGGCAAGAUAAUGACCAGCUAGAGAGAUUUCAGGAAAACCAAAAUAACCCUGUAAGUCAUGUGAAAGUGUUCAUUAAAGAGAGGGGCUAUGAAUGUAAAAAUAUUGAAAAAAUAAUUCAUGUGAGUACCAGGCUUGUUCCUUCAAUUAAAAGACUCCAUAACUGUGACAUAUUUGGAAAGAGUUUGAAGAAUACUUUAAAUUUGCAUAAUCAUAAUAAAAGCAAUUCAACAUUGAAUCUUAGCAAGAUUUUUGGAAAUGGCAAUGAUUUUGCCCAUAACCCUUCCUGUACUAAGAAUGAGAAUGCUAAUAAUACAGGAGCAAAUGCUUGUGAACAUAAUCAAUGUCGAAAACAUCUUGGCCACAAACAAGUUCUCGUCGACCAUCAAAAAAUUCAUACUGGGGGGAAACUUUAUGUAUGUACUGAGUAUGUAAAGAACUUCACCCAGAAGUCAGACCUCUUUGAGCAUCAGAAAAUUCAUGCUGGAGAAAAACCCCAUGAAUGCAACAACAGUGAGAAAGUCUUCACUCAGAAACCCCAAAUUGAUGUAGCUCAGUGUGUUUAUACAAGAGCAAAACCGUAUAUAUGCACUCAAUGUGGGAAGGCUUUUACUCUCAAGUCAAAUCUCAUUACACAUCAGAAAAUUCAUACUGGGCAGAAACACUACAAAUGCAGUGAGUGUGGAAAGGCCUUUUUCCACAGAUCAUAUCUCUUUAGACAUAUGAGAAUUCAUACAGGAGAAAAACCUUAUGAAUGCAGCGAAUGUGGAAGAGGCUUCUCCCAGAAUUCAGACCUCAAUAUGCAUCAGAAAACUCAUACUGGAGAGAAACUCUAUGCAUGCAGUGAGUGUGGAAAAGCCUUCACAAGAAAAUCAGCACUCAGGAUGCAUCAAAGAAUUCACACAGGAGAGAAACCCUAUGUAUGCACUGAAUGUGGGAAGGCCUUCAUCCAGAAAUCACAUUUCAAUACACACCGGAAGAUUCAUACUGGAGAGAAGCCUUACGAAUGCGGUGACUGUGGAAAAUCAUUCACUAAGAAGUCACAACUCCAUGUGCAUCGAAGAAUUCACACAGGAGAGAAACCCUAUAUCUGUGCAGAAUGUGGAAAGGUCUUUACUCAUAGGACAAAUCUCACUACACAUCAAAAAACUCAUACUGGAGAGAAACCCUAUACAUGUGCUGAAUGUGGGAAAGCUUUCAGUGAUCAAUCAAAUCUCAUUAAACACCAGAAAACUCAUACUGGAGAGAAACCCUAUAAAUGCAAUGGCUGUGGAAAAGCCUUCAUAUGGAAGUCACGCCUCACUAUCCAUCAGAAAUCUCAUAUUGGAGAGAGACACUAUGAAUGCAAUGAGUGCGGGAAAGCCUUUAUCCAGAAAUCAACACUAAGUGUGCAUCAGAGAAUCCAUACAGGAGAGAAACCCUAUGUUUGUCCUGACUGUGGGAAGGCCUUCAUCCAGAAAUCACACUUCAUUGCCCAUCACAGAAUUCAUACUGGAGAGAAGCCUUAUAAAUGCAGUGACUGUGGAAGAUGCUUCACUAAGAAGUCACAACUCCGUGUGCAUCAGAAAAUUCACACAGGAGAGAAACCCAAUAUAUGUGCUGAAUGUGGAAAAGCAUUCACUGAUAGGUCAAAUCUCAUAACACACCAGAAAAUCCAUACUAGAGAGAAACCCUAUAAAUGCAGUGACUGUGGAAAAACCUUCACCUGGAAGUCUCGCCUCACUAUCCAUCAGAAAUCUCAUACUGGAGAGAGACAAUACGAAUGCAGCAAGUGUGGGAAAGCUUUCAUCCAGAAAGCAACACUAAAUAUGCAUCAAAUAAUUCAUACAGGAAAGAAACCCUAUGCUUGUACAGAAUGUCAGAAGGCCUUCACUAACAGAUCAAAUCUCAUUAAACACCAGAAAACUCAUAGUAGAGAAAAAGUCUAUAAAGGCAGUGACUGAAAAAGCCUUCAUCUGGGAAUUAUUCUCUCUCAUCAUUGAUGUGUUUCUCUCUCUCUCCCCCCUCUCCCUUCCUCUCUGAAAUCAA